AGGAAGGUCAUGCUGAAAAUAUUUCUAUCAAAGAGGCACUCAGCUGAAAGGAGUAACUGCUCGGGUUGCACAUUUUGAGUCAUUUUCCCAACUUACGCAUUUCCCCCACCCACACGGCUGCGAGGCAUAAGACGCUUAAUGCAAAUGUCCCAAAUAAACACGGGGUAGUGGAAACGAAUAAACGAUAGUAAUAGAAAGAGCUAAAAAAAAAAAAAAAUAAAUAAAUCCCAAAGGAAAGAAAAAAACUAACCGGUAAGCGAACGAGUAAAAAAUGCUGAAAGCAAUCGUGCCGCUGCUCCUCCUGUUGGCGCUCGCCUUCACCCAAACGGUUAGACUCCAAAGAACGAGCGAUGUCCCCCUGAUCAAUUACCAAAUGAUCCCUUCGCAAAGAUGGAAGGUGUCCGCAAAGGAGUUGGUGAAGUUGAAGGAAAAAUUGAAGAUUUUUGUGGCGGCAGAAAUUCAGAAAGAGGGAUCCAUUCUGCUUCGAAAAUACUACAAGGAAUUUUACCCAUCAGAUGAACAAGCGGAUGAAGCCGAGUCUGGGGAAUCUCCCCCGGAAAAGGAAACUGAGGACGCGCCUCCCUCUGAAAAGGCAGAUAUGGGCGACCAGGACGAGGCGAGUGAUUCCUUCGAUGUAAACGGCCCUGUACAAUUAAUUUAAAUUUUGUGGAAAGGAACGAAAAAAAAAAGGGUCAAUCUGUUUUGUCACUGUUUGUGAUGUUCGCGUGCACAUAUACGUGCGCCGUUUCUUUUGUUCCAUUUGUUUUGUUCCAUCUGUUCGAUUUGUUUUAUUUUAUUUUAUUUUUUUUUUUUUUCCCAUUUUGACACGUUAACGUGGUAAGAGUGUGACAUGCAAACGUCACAUGCGGACGUUUCUUGGCUCCCACAUGUGCCGCUAUGCUUAACUAUUUGCAAAAAUGGAAAAAACGCACAGCCGGCCUUCUCCCCAUGCAGUGUUCGCAACGUAAUCAUCCGCGCGCAGAUUCGCGUGUGCACAUA